AUGAAUGUUAUUCACAGAGAAACUUUUGCCGGAAACCGAUCUUCAAAAUUAACUUCGAAAUAUAAACCCAAAACAGAAUUAGUAAGAAAAGACGCAAUGCUAGGUAUUCGAGGUUCAAUACCCUCGUUGCCUCCAAAACCGUAUGGGUCAAUCAAUAAUGUUCGAAAAUUGAAUAAAUUUCCGGGGCCCAGAUAUCAAUUCAUUAUGGAAAGUCUAUCGUCAUCUAAAAGAUCAUCAAUGGGACCUCCUUCAGGACCACCGCCUAAUUUAAAAAGAAAAUUUGUACCAAAUUCAUACUCAAGUAAGCCUGAGUCCUCCUCGAGUGAACAGGCGCCACCUAGGAUCAUAGCCAGUGACUCAGCGGCAAUUGAUACAUCAGACUUUUGUACCCCAAAAAAUAGACCGUCAACAUUAAGAUACAUUAGCAGUAGUAGCAGAGGAGGUCACAGUGGUGCUAGAUCUGCAAGGUCUACAAGCAUGUCUGUCGUUGAUCCUAGCGUUAUUUUAGCGAUAUCAGAAGGUCGUGGAAUGGCUCGUGGGGAAAUAGGAAUGGCAGCUAUAGAUUUACGCCAUCCUCAUAUGGUUUUGUGCCAGUUCAGUGAUACUCUGCUGUACACCCACACUCUUACGAAAAUCAACUAUUUUAACCCAAUUGAGAUAAUAGUACCGCAUACUUUCUGUGAAGGAUCUCAAGUGAAUCAGCUUUACAAAUUGAUUAAGGAUCGUUUUCCUCUAUUAAAUCUAACAGCAGUACAAAGACGACAUUUUAACGACGCAGCAGGUCGGCAUAAUAUACAGACACUUUGUGCUCCACAAUAUAGCGCUGUUUAUCUUCAAGUUUUGCAUAAAUUCUAUGCACUAACAGCUGCAGCUGCUGUUUUAAAAUAUGUAGAAUAUAUUCAAUGUAUUGUAUUUGCUAGAGAAUCAUUGAAAAUCGAAUAUCACUCAUCUGAUAACACUAUGAUUAUAGGUAAUAAAACGCAACUGUAUUUUUAA